AUAGACUUCCAUUUCGGCCUAGAGCGGCCCUUAAAGUGCCGGGGAGAGGAGGGCGGGCGGGGACCACCCCAGAGCAGGCCACCGGCAGUAUCAUGGCCACCCGGAACCCCCCUCCCCAAGAGUGUGAAAGCGAUGACGACUCUUACGAAGUGUUGGAUUUAACUGAGUAUGCGAGAAGACACCACUGGUGGAAUCGAGUGUUUGGCCACAGUUCGGGACCUAUGGUAGAAAAAUACUCAGUAGCUACCCAGAUUGUAAUGGGUGGCGUGACUGGCUGGUGUGCGGGAUUUUUGUUCCAGAAAGUUGGAAAACUUGCGGCAACCGCAGUGGGUGGUGGCUUUCUUCUCCUUCAGAUUGCCAGUCACAGUGGCUAUGUGCAGAUUGACUGGAAGAGAGUCGAAAAAGAUGUAAACAAAGCAAAAAAACAGAUUAAGAAACGAGCAAAUAAAGCAGCACCUGAAAUCAACAAUGUAGUUGAAGAAGCAACAGAAUUUAUCAAACAGAACAUUGUGAUAUCCAGUGGAUUUGUGGGAGGCUUUUUGCUAGGCCUUGCAUCUUAAGGACAUGAAUGUUCUACCAUAGUGGAUUCAAUGUGAGAAGAGAAGUGGUGGCUACAAGGUGAUCUGUCAACAGCACAGACCACUAGAGUCUCCAGGGCAAGGAAGAACAACUGGCUGGACAAUAUUGAACUCACAACUUAGCAUUUUGCCAUCUGAAGCUUGGCAAACUAGUAUUUGCUGUCAACCUAUACGGUAUGCAAACAAUAGUAUUCCUGAGCAAAACACUUUCAUCAUUUUUAAAAAUUUGCAUCUGUUUAGAAGCUAGCCUAUAAAAUAUCACCAUUGGAUGUAGAUAUGGAGAAGAAAUAAAUGUUGGAUUUAUUGCCCAGUGAAAUAUUAUCCUCUUUUUAUUUAAAUAAGGUGUUCUUCAUUAUGCUUUACAGUUUAGUGCCAAUAAAUAAAAAUUGGUAUUAUAGCUUCAAUAGUAGGGCUGACUUGUUUUUUUAAAAGAUACAUUUGCAAUAAACUGAAGAAUUGUAAUGGCCUUCUUUGGAAAGCUUUAGAAAUAAUAGAAUUAUUAAAGAUAUUAUACAGACUCCUUACUAAUGUAAUUCAAUACCAAUUUUUAGGGGUUUUUUUCUUGCUGUUCUUACUUUGCUUAUAUGAUAAUUAUGUUUCAACUAAGGCUCUUCUAAGGAAAUACUACAACAUGUUUAAAGCUCUUUUUACUUUUUCAAUAUCUGUAGUAGUUUUAAAAAUAUCUUUUUGUAUGUCAGCUUCUAAUUUUUUAUUUUUUCGUUUAUUCUGGCAGCCUGGACAAAACUAAUUAUUUUGGGAGUACGUAUGGUUGAGUCAUUCAUUCCUUUUAUUGACCUUGAAUGCAUCUCCUUGUUCAUUUCUAAAAUUCUAAUUAUUUUGGCUCUUUCGCCAAGAAGUGAAAAAUUACUUUAAAAUGCUUAGUAUAGUAUGAAUUUACUGACUGAAGAACAGUGAUUUUCUAUGUAAUUAUGAAGUUGUAGCUUAAAAAGAAUUGUCUCCUUGAUCUAGUCCGAGAUUUAAGUACUAAGACUUUCAGGCUUUUGGGAACAUUAUAUUGAUGGACCACUAGGCCAGUUCACUUGUUUUUAGGACCAACAUCAUACUCCUUAAGAGGCUCCUUUGUCCAAAAAAUUUUUCUGUAUUGUUAGUUUUGUCCGUAGAGUUCUAGGUUGGAAUUGGGGAAAAUGGCAGAAGAACGUGUAUUGGAGUCUUCAGACUGGAAAGACUUUGUAGAUAUUCAGACCAUCUCCUUGUGAACCUACGACAUUUCAUGCUUUCAGGAUUGGUUACAGUCUGUGUGCUUUCAUUAUCGCUAGACUCCUUAAAAUUGAAUGUGGAAUCAAUCUUUAGUUUCUUCCUUUACUCUCAUUAGUGCCUCACAUAUAAUGCUAAAUAAAACUCAGACUUUCUUAAUAUGAA